GCUGAGGAUGAGGAGGAUGAGGACCAGCCUCUGAGCCUGUCCUGGCCAGAUACCAUGCGCAAGCGUUUCACCUACCUCUUAAUCAUGCCCAUCAUCUUCCCUCUGUGGCUGACACUGCCUGAUGUCAGGAAACCAGUAAGUGUUUCUCCUCCAUUUCUAUCUCUUACUGUUCCAGUUUGUCAGAUAGAGAAAUAGGCUGUGUCCCAAAUGGCACCCUAUUCCCUAUAUAGUGCUCUACACACUAUGGGCCCUGUUCAAAAGUACUAUAGGGAAUAGGGUGCCAUUUGGGACGCAGACAUAGAGAGAAAGACUCAUGUUUGGUAUGAAGUGAAUCUGUCUAUACUUAUUUAGCUAUAACUGGUCAAUAAUAAGUGUGAUGUGUUAUUUCCUUUAGAUACCUGUAGCACAAUAAUAUAGAGGCUUCGUUUGUCCUUUACGCCUUUAGAGUAACCAUAGCCUUUUCCUCCUUUGUCUAACAGACUGCAAAGAAGUUCUUUCCCAUCUCAUUUCUGGGUUCUAUCUGUUGGAUUGCUGGAUUCUCCUACUUAAUGGUGUGGUGGGCUCACCAGGUAUGUGGGGUGCACUGGGGGCUAAAUUAAUUGAACCAUUAAGGGUUUUUCACACUACUGAGCCAAGCCAAACCAAGCUGUACUGAGCUGGCCUGGUUAUGCAUCCACCAUAGUUGCUGAAAAAUUCGAGAUUGGAACAGUACUAUACUGAACAAAGAUAUCAACACAACAUGUAAAGUGUUGGUCCCAUGUUUCAUGACCUGAAAUAAAAGAUCCCAGAAAUGUUUCCAUACGCACAAAAAGCGUAUUUCUCUCAAAUGUUGUGCACAAAUUUGUUUACAUCCCUGUUAGUGAGCACUUCUGCUUUGCCAAGAUAAUCCAUCCACCUGACAGGUGUGACAUAUCAAGAAGCUGAUUAAACAGCAUGAUCAUUACACAGGUGCACCUUGUGCUGGGGACAAUAAAAGGCCACUCUAAAAUGUGCAGUUUUGUCACACAACACAAUGCCACAGAUGUCUCAAGUUGAGGGAGCGUGCAAAUGGCAUGCUGACUGCAGGGAUGUCCACCAGAGCUGUUGCCAGAUCAUUUAAUGUUCAUUUCUCUACCAUAAGCCGCCUCCAACGUCAUUUUAGAGAAUUUGGCAGUACGUCCAACCAGAUUAAAAACCGCAGACCACAUGUAACCACGACAACCCUCCACAUCCGGCUUCUUUAUCUGCGGGAUCGUCUGAGACCAACCACCUAGACAGCUGACAGUAUUUCUGUCUGUAAGAAAGCCUUUUUGUUGGGGAAAAACUCAUUCUGAUUGGCUGGGCCUGGCUCCACAGUAGAUGGGCCUGGCUCCCAAGUGGGUGGGCCUAUGCCCUCCCAGGCCCACCCAUGGCUGCACCCCUGCCCAGUCAUGUGAUAGAUUAGGGCCUAAUGAUUAGGGCCUAAUGAAUUUAUAUCAAUUGACUGAUUUCCUUAUAUGAACUGUAAUAUUUUUGUCCAGUAUACAUUUAGUGAAAUCAUGUUUCCUUUUGUGAAGAACACAGAACAGAACACAAGCGUGUUCACAAGCAAGUGGGAGGAAGUAUAGGUAGUUAGAAAAGGAGAGGGAUAUUCAGAGGGUUAGAACACUGUGAGAUUGUUAUUAGCAGCCUUCCGCUCUUUGGCCUGGGUAACUACACCUCUCAAUCAAAGCUAGACAACAUUAAAUAGUAGUCCCUGAAUACAGGGAUUUCAGCAGAAUAGGAAAAAAGAAAACCCCAAAAUAUGUCAAAGUAUAGCUGACUGUUUAAUUCCUUAAACCUCACCUCCACUUAACCCCCUAAACGGAAAAAAAUAAAAGAUUUAGUUUGAUUUAUUUACCCCAUUUUUUUCUGUUUUCUCUUUGCAGGUUGGAGAGACCAUUGGGAUUACAGAAGAGAUUAUGGGCUUGACUAUAUUAGCAGCUGGUACCUCCAUCCCUGACCUAAUCACCAGCGUCAUUGUUGCACGGAAGGGGCUGGGGGACAUGGCUGUGUCUAGCUCUGUGGGCUCCAACAUCUUUGACAUCACUGUUGGGUACGCUUUUGUCAUCAGUACUGUAACCACUCUAAUUUCUAAUUACCAUAAAAUUGCAAUUAAUAGCAAGAGUGUUUAUUUGCUUAAAUCACUGAACACAACAGGCACUUUUUAGAGACAGGCUUCUAUUUGAGCCAGGCGCCUAUUUCCUUAAUGCACACAGCUUUUGCUCAUUUGCAUAGUUAAUUAUUUAAUUCCAGCAUUUACUUCCAGCAUUUUAAUCAAUUUCUUCAUUUCCUGCACUAAUGUGUUAUCAUUUACACAAUGUGUCAUGUUUCUUUUGUCUUAAUAUGCCUCUAUUUAAAAAAUAUAUAUAAUAAUUAAUUGACAGAAUAAUUAUUCUCCUUUCGGCAGUUCUUACUUUCACCAUGUCUAGGGGUCUGUAAGUUAUUGACUGUUUUUGUGCUUGCCACUUAGCUAGAUGUUCUCAGCUGUUAGUAGCCAAUGGCUGAAUUAUUUAAUGUAACAAAUCAAACAUUAAACCUAGUAAACAAUUCAUGGUAAUUCAUGGUAACCUUGUAAACAAUUCAUCUAGACCUGGCGUUUAUUUGAAACAGCUGUUUAUUUGCUGAAAUAUAUGCUUUUGCCCGACUAUUAAAAAGGUACAGGCGGAUAUUUGAGACUCUGCCUUUAAGUUAAAGUUGCAAAAAUUCUAAGAGUUCGCCUAAUUUCAGUUUAUGUGACAAAACAAGCAAGUAUAGUGUAGAGAAUAAUUGUACCAUCUAAACCUCUGUGAAAUAUAUUUUCCAUAACCAAAAAUAUUGUAUUUUCAGCUGUUUGAAGCUGGUGUACAAAACCGAAAGUAAAAGACGCAAAAAUUAAACUUAAGCACGGGAAGCAUAGAAAUAGAGCACAUAAAACAGAUCUACCGCUUCUUAGACUUGCUUUCAAUGAGAAUGACAGAUCUAUCUCUAUGUGAAUUUGGUUGUGUUGCCCAAAAAGUUACUUUUUGCAGCUUUGAGUUUUACAGUAAUAAUUUCUUUUAAUAUCUGUUCCUUUCACAUUUUGAACAUUGUUUAUUAUUAGAUUAUUCUUAUUAGCAUUUUUGCAGUGCUGGGGGAUGUUUUUACAUAUUACAUAGUAACAGUCAUACUUACUUUGUUCUUAUCCAAUAAGUAGCUUUCAGUUUCAUUGGGAUUAAUUAAAACCACACUUAGGUACCAUUUUGAUAACAAUUUAUACCAACUUCAUGAUAAAUGCUUGGUAGACACCAGAUACUUUAUAAUAAGAUGUAAAAGUUAAUUGAACUUUGUUUGUGUUCUCUAAUUCAUUCGAUUGAAUAAGUUUUGCCCAUGGGGUGGUGACAUGGAAGUCCCCACUGUGGACAUUUUGCCAAGGGACUUUAUUCAUUACAAUCUCAUUAUGUAAACCCCAGACGGGCCCAUUCUCAGGUCUAAACUGAAUGAUAGCUAUUAUCUUGAUUUAUAACACAUAUUUAUGCGAUGCUGAAAGAUAAACUUUAAAGUAUGGCUGAAGACCAUGUAACAUCUAUGUGUGUGUAUGUGUGUGUCUGUUUAUUUUGUGUAUUUCAGCCUGCCGUUCCCAUGGCUCCUCUGGUCCAUCAUCAACAACAUGCAGCCUGUGGCGGUGAGCUCUAACGGGCUGUUCUGUGCCAUUGUGCUGCUCUUCCUCAUGCUCAUCUUCGUCAUCAUCUCGAUUGCUGCCUGCAAGUGGCGGAUGAGCAAGCUGCUGGGCUUCAUCAUGUUCGUGCUCUACUUAGUUUUCCUGGUGGUCAGCGUUAUGCUGGAAGACAAGAUCAUCGCCUGCCCUAUAUCCAUCUGA